UACUUUGAAACAGCUUUACCGGAAAUUGGAUCUGGGCGGAGUCUGUUUUUUUUUUUACUUCCUGAAUGUCCAUCAGUGACAGUACUACACAAUGAAAAUACUCAUUUUAUUUAGCUUAUUCGCUCUAUAUGUGUUUACUGACAGCGUCAACGUCGAGAACAGUGCGGGGCAGUUCUUCAGCAGCGGUCAUACGAACAAUUGGGCAGUUCUGGUGUGCACGUCUAGGUUCUGGUUCAAUUACCGACAUGUGGCCAAUACAUUAUCUGUGUACAGAAGCGUUAAGAGACUCGGGAUCCCAGACAGCCACAUAGUUCUGAUGCUGGCUGAUGACAUGGCUUGUAACCAUAGAAACCCCAAACCUGCCACAGUGUUUAGCCACAAGAACAUGGAGCUGAACGUGUAUGGAGACGAUGUGGAGGUGGACUACAGAGGAUACGAGGUGACCGUGGAGAACUUUCUGCGAGUUUUAACCGGACGACUGCCACCCAGCACUCCCCGCUCCAAACGCCUCCUGUCUGAUGAUCGCAGCAACAUCCUCAUCUAUCUGACAGGCCAUGGAGGAAACGGCUUCCUGAAGUUCCAGGACUCGGAGGAGAUCAGUAACGUGGAACUGGCAGAUGCCUUUGAGCAAAUGUGGCAGAAAAGAAGGUAUAACGAGCUGCUGUUCAUCAUCGACACCUGUCAGGGCGCCUCCAUGUACGAGAGGUUUUACUCUCCAAACAUAAUGGCUUUGGCCAGCAGUCAGGUCGGAGAAGACUCCCUGUCGCACCAGCCAGAUCUGGCAAUAGGAGUCCAUUUGAUGGACCGCUACACCUUCUACCUGCUGGAGUUCCUGGAGGACAUCCAUCCGUCCAGCAAAACCAACAUGAACGAUCUGUUCAAAGUUUGUCCCAGAAGUCAGUGUGUUUCCACUCCGGGCCACCGCACUGAUUUAUUCCUGAGGAACCCGGGGAGCGUUCUCAUCACAGAUUUCUUUGGGAGUGUCCGCAAGGUGGAGAUCACCACAGAGGUCCUCAACUUAACUCACCCAAUCCAGCAAGCGGAGGAGAGUGCUGUGAAUGGAGAGUCUCACAGAGAGGUUUACUCCUAUGUGGACCAGCUGCCUGUCUCUGAGAUCAUCCAUCAGAAACCAAAGCAGAAAGACUGGCAUCCCCCUGACGGCUUCAUCCUGGGCCUGUGGACUUUAAUCCUUCUGGUGUUUUUCAAGACGUACGGCGUCAAGCAUCUCAAACACAUCUUCUGAGAGUUCGGCUUUGCACUGUUGGACUUCUGAAGACGCCAUGAGGAAGACUGCAAGAGAUUUUAUGGGAAAAAAGUGCUGCUUUUGACUGUUUUUUUUUUACCCAGAAUGUUAAAAGAAUCCCAACUCUGACUACUGCUUCAGUCAAAACGGAAACUCUCCGUACCCGUUUGUACUUCUUUGAAAGCUCCUGUGUUUUGUGUUCCGUGGAGCAUCUAUUCUGCUCCAGAGCUCUGUGUUCCACGGAGUCCGGCUUUAAGCGAUUCCUCGUUGAUCCAGUUUAAAAUGCACUGAACUGAGCCAGCAGAUGAUUCAAUUUAUUUAGCGAGUGCAUUUUUCAGCAGCAUCUUAUUUGUUUAAGUGCUACUCCAAACAUUUGCUGGGUCAGAAAAGGAAGACACGCAGCAAGAGCAUGCUGAUUGGCUGCGAGUGGGCUGUGAAGACGUUACUAUUUAAUGUCUUGCAUGUCCGUAUACAUUACCCCCUUUGGCCAUCCUAUCAUACUUAUGAGGGAUAGCAAUCACACAUAAUCCCAUCUCCCACGAUAGAGCCAUCUCCUCGUUCCAUUUUCUAAAUUGCCCUUCCUUUGAAAACAUCCAUUAGCUCCCUAGUCGUGUGCACUACUUAUUGUAUUCUGGGUGAUGGACAGCUUUUUCCCUGCCAGUUUGUUCCUGAAUCUCCAGCUCGUGAGUGGAAGCCUGGAGAGCCACGGGCCGUUCCAAAUGAGCCUCUGUUAUGCUGGGACAUGUUUUGCCUCUUUCAUUUUUUUCCUUGUCUGUUCUCACCUUGUCUAACUGUGCUGUAUUGGGGUCGUUGUUAACAGGAGUUGGGUGAGGAGGAGGCGCGGGGCUUCUGAAUCAAAGCCGUGGUAGUUUAUCUUGGCUCCUCAGAAUGAGGAGCCACCCAUCAGCUGCGCUGCCAAGCUGCCUCUUUGCUUAAAUGGAAACCAGACAAAUGAAACACUGGACAGCCGCUGCAGCGUCCACCACUCUUCACUUUAUGGUUUUUACUCUAAUCUUGUUCCUCCUGCUCCCUGAAAGGUUUUCUCUCCUCAGCUGCAGGAUUUUCUCAAUAAAGAACUAAAUAAAGCCAUAUUUAUUUCUUUUAAGCUAGCCAAUUUGCUUCUGUAUUAAUUGGUCUUUAGUAGUAAUACAAAGUAAUACCCCUCUAAA